CUGAUUCUACAAUAAUCGACAGUGACACGCGGAUAUGUUAGCAGCUCCUAGAAUUUCCAGUUUGCACCCAAAAAUCCCUUAAAUGGCUUAAACCACACGCUGCUGCAUCUCAUCAUUUCAAUCUCAAAUUCUCAAUGUCAAUGCUUCUCCUAUUCCAUUCCAAUUUGGUUUCCCUCUCCAUUUUACUCACUUGAUAUAAUAAAACCCCAGAUCUACACCUUCCCCCCCAAUACGCUGCGUUUCGAUGCCCCUUCACUAUUAGUCACACACUUCCUUCCCUCCCCCUAAUUUCUUUUCAAUCAUGGAGUCCGAGCUCAAAGACCUCAAUUCCCAACCCGCCUCCAAGCCCCCCGGCGGCGGCGACGGCGGUAAGGAUAACCGCCCGCUCCUCAAGCCCGACCCGGCCCCCUCCGUCUCCGCCGAGGAGCUCCGGGAGCUGGAGAAGAAAUGCGCCGCUUACGUCCGCAGCGACGCCUACGGCACCAUGGGGCGCGGCGACUUGUCGUUCAAGGAGAAGCUCCUCCUCGGCGUCGCGGUCGUCACUCUCGUCCCCAUCCGCGUCGUCGUCAUCAUGACGCUGCUUGUGUUCUACUACUUGAUUUGCCGGAUUUGCACGCUUGGAUUGUCGCCGAAUCGAGACGAGGACGAGGGCGAGCAGGAGGAUUAUGCCCACAUGGGAGGAUGGAGGCGCGCGGUGAUCGUCUGGUGCGGCCGAUCCUUAUCCAGAGUCAUGCUUUUCGUUCUAGGGUUUUAUUGGAUCAGCGAAACCUAUAGAAUACCUGAUUCCGCUGAACAAUCCAAGCCUGAGGGGAAAGAGGAGGAGGGUGAGGAGGCUGAGAAGCCUGGAGCUAUUAUAUCUAACCAUGUAUCGUAUUUGGAUAUCUUGUAUCACAUGUCGUCUUCCUUUCCCAGCUUUGUUGCUAAGAGAUCGGUGGCUAAACUUCCUCUAGUUGGCCUCAUCAGCAAGUGCCUCGGUUGUGUCUAUGUUCAGCGGGAGUCAAAAUCAUCCAACUUUAAGGGUGUUGCAGGUGUUGUGACAGAUAGAGUUCGAGAAGCACAUCAGAAUAAAUCUGCACCACAAAUUAUGCUUUUCCCAGAAGGUACUACUACAAAUGGGGACUUUCUUCUGCCAUUCAAGACAGGAGCAUUUUUGGCUAAAGCUCCAGUGCUUCCAGUAAUUCUUAGAUAUCCUUACAAGAGAUUUAGUCCUGCCUGGGACUCAAUAUCUGGGGUGCGACAUGUGAUAUUUCUUCUCUGUCAAUUUGCAAAUCACAUAGAGGUCACAAGGUUACCUGUUUAUUACCCUUCACAAGAAGAAAAGGAUGACCCAAAAUUCUAUGCUGAUAAUGUCAGAAGAUUGAUGGCCAGUGAGGGUAGCAUGACACUGUCGGAUAUCGGACUUGCGGAGAAGCGAGUAUAUCAUGCUGCGCUUAAUGGUAAUAAUUGCCAUCCUAGUGUUUUGCAUCAGAAAGACGAUUGAUAAAUUUCAUGGCCUCGCACCCACUCCCAAAUGAUAUCUAGUGGCAGUUUGUUUUGCCAAUGCUAAUUCGGAUUCGCCAUCUGUAAUUAUAUUCAUUCUAUGAUACAAUUCAUUAUAGGGAAAACUAAUUUACACAUGGAUUGUAGAGGGUAGUCCCUUUUGUCAGAACCUGUAUUUACUGAUGCGUUGCCGUGGAGUUGGAAGUGGGCUGGGCUUUUGUGAUUGUUGUAUGUCAGUAUGUCUCUCCAUCAGUUUAUUGGAUGAAUAGGGGUAGGUUAACCCACCAUUAUUGGGUUGGUAUACAUUGUACUGAUGAUAUGUCCAUAGAUUAGGUUUGGUUGGAAAAUUUAGAACUUGUUCCUCAAAUUAGAUUGAUUCUUUGACUGCUCAAUCCUUUUUUGCUC